GGAAUUUUUAACGAUCAUGUACCAACCAUUGACAGUGUUAAUAACUAUUCCCUAACUAUAAUAUUUUUCAUUACCAAUCAUGAUCGUAUUUCGAAUCAUUGUUAAAUUUCAAAAUCAGAUUACAUUCAUUAUUUAACAUCUUCUAAAUAGUGACAGCUCAUAAACCAAUAUCCACCCACACACACACACACAAAUUCUGCUUCUCACCAUCUUAAGUAGAUUUGCCGAAUCAAGUCUCUAAACAAAAACAGUCUUCGAUUUCUUCACCUCUCUCUCUCUCUUAGACAAGCCAUGAAAGGACAGAACAAAAGCUCAACAUCUUCUUGUAACAUCCAUCCAGUAGAUGUUAUUGAAGGUGUGUGUCCUCUCUGUCUUAACGAGAGGCUUUUGGUCGUGGCUUCUCUACAGAGAUUACGCCCUCCAUGUCCUCCUUCUUCCUACCAAACCAUCCCGAAAACCAUCCUUCAAAAUUCUUCUAGAAAGAAACCCAUCAGACUCUUCUCCUUCUUUAGCUUCUUCGAACUCCGACAUCACAAGUCCGAUCACCAGAACACCUCCAUUAUCAGUCCAGAAGAUUCAUUCAUUUCGAUCAACUUCGAAGACAACCGAGCAACUUCAUGGGAGAAAGGAAAAGAAACGCAAUAUCAACAUGUCCACACGAAGAAGGAGUUUGUUCCUCAGUCCACACCACUUCCUCCUCUACUGUCGUGGAGAAAACGGAUUCGUAGACUCUUACACGUCAUCAGUUUCAAAAGCCGGUCUAGAGCAUGUCACUUGUCCGCCAAGGUUAAAAGUGAAGAUGACUUGAGUAGAAGUUGGUGAAGGCCUUUGUCCCCCACUUAACAGAAACUCUAAGAUUAAUAACUUCUCAAAAUUUACAAUAAUUUUUUUGUUAUAGGUAUUCUUCUUGUUCUUUUUCUCUUACAUAAUUUAUACUUAAUUAUUUGCAACUCUAAGAUGAAAUCAAUAUUCGAUUCAC